AUGUUGAUGUCCUCUGAUGAGGAGUCCUCUAAUUCUGAUGAUAGUUCAGAAGAUGAACCCUAUAAACCAGUAAGGAAAGACAACUCAUCUGACUCAUGUGCUGCAGACCCUGUUCCUUCACGUAAGGUAAAGGAUAAGAAGAAAACAAGUAAUAAGAGUGAUUCACAGGAUAAGGGUAAGGGGAAGAAUAAGACGAAGGAGAAGAUUUGUGUUGAUGACGAUGCUUAUGUGGAGAUUAAUUCUGAUGUUGAAGUGGAUUUUGGGAAAGUAGGAACUGAUAAGAAUGAUGAGUAUGAUGCAUACGAUCCUGGUUCCGAUUCUGAUGGUGCCAACUCUUGGCAUUCAUUGGAGAUGAAAACGCCACCCAAUUCUGAAGAUGAAUUAGAAGAGGAGACCGAGUCUGAUGAGUGGGAUUUUAAAGAGGCUGCUAGGGAGUACACCAUCCAGGAGGGAAGGCGUAUUCGAUUCAAUAAAAAUGAUAGGAAGAGGCUUAGGGCAGUUUGCAAGGUAAAGGAAUGCAGUUGGGUUAUCUUUGCUUCCAAGGACCGAGACGAUACUUGCUGGCAAGUGAAGACUUUCAGAGAUGAUCAUAGCUGUGCAAGGGAGGAUAAGAACAGAGCAGCCAAUCGUAACUGGGUUCCUAGUAAGCUAGUGAAGAAAGUCAGAAAGUAUCCCAACUUGAGGCAUUGUGAUGCAAACACCUUCUUCAAGACCAAGUAUGAUCUGUCAUUGAAUAGAAACUCGAUCUCAAGGGCACUAUCUGAUGCUAGAAACCUAGUAUAUGGUGAUGAAAAGGCACAAUAUGCAAUGGUGAGAGACUAUGGAGAGACACUGUUGAAGACCAACCCGGGUUCAACUGUCCAAAUUUGUACCAUCCCACAGCCAAACGGUGAUGUCAUAUUUGAGAAAAUGUAUGUGUGUUUAAGUGGCUGUAAGAAUGGAUUUAAGGCAGGAUGUCGUCCACUCAUUGGACUUGAUGGUGCUUUCCUGAAAACUGUCUUUGGAGGGCAGAUUCUAUCAGCUGUUGCCCAGGAUGCAAACCACCACAUAUACGUCAUUGCAUGGGCAGUUGUGGAAGUUGAAAACACUGCCAACUGGAAAUGGUUCCUGGAACUAUUGCAUGCAGACUUGGGAGAUUACAAGACACAUGGUUGGUGUUUCAUUUCUGAUAUGCAAAAGGGACUCAUAAAUGCUGUACAGGAGGUGAUGCCCAAUGUGCAUCACCAUUUCUGUGUAUGGCAUUUGUGGAAGAAUUUCAACAAGCAACGAAAAGAUCUGGAGCUAAGAGGCUUGCUGUGGGAUUGUGCACGCGCCACAACCUUUGAGGAAUUCAGGGAACAUAGGGAAAAGCUGAAGCGGCUAAAUCCGGAGGCAUGGGCAUACCUAGAAAAAUGGCCAACACAUUCUUGGACAAGAUCUCAGUUUAGUCAUAGGCCAAAGUUAGACUCAAUAUGUAACAAUGCGUGCGAAGUAUUCAACGCAAAGAUUAAGGAAGCUAGGAAGAAGCCUAUAAUCACACUGUUGGAAGAGGUUAGGAUGUUCGUAAUGAGGACGAUGGCCAAAAAUAAAGUGAAGUUGGAUAAUCAUGUGGGGAUACUUUCCCCAGUGAUCAAGAGCAGACUGGAGAAGCUGAGGAAGGAAUCUAGGCAAUGGCAACCAAUCUUGGCUGGAGACACCGGAUACGAGAAGUUCGAGGUACAUGGACACUCUACACACCAUGUAGUGGAUUUGGGGAAAAAGCUAUGUACUUGUCAGUUUUGGAUGCUAACAGGAAUCCCAUGUGUGCACGCAUGUGCUGCUAUUGCUAGAGUGAACAAGUGGCCAUAG